AUGACAGACGGACGCCCCAACAUGUUCGAUAUACUUGAUGAGAAUGAACCGAGCGGUGGGGUACGGUUCGACACGAUGUUGGAGAUUUUGCCCGAAGAAAUUGACAUCAAUUUCGCCGAAGAUAUUGCAAAUAUGAAUAACAAACUGGAAACCCCGAAUUCAGAGCUGGGCUCGAAGGCAAGGGCCGAUCAGACGCUAGCAGCGUCAGCAGGAGACGCAGGAUCUCUUUUCCCGCAAACUACGCAGCCGAUGGCCAUGGAAAACCAGCAAAACGGAGAAAUCGCUCAGCUGUGGGACUUCAACGUGGACGAGUUCAUGAUGACACCGAGCCAGUCCAGCGACUCGGCCACGAUCAGUGCGCCCAAUAGUUAUAAUUCCGAAUUCCACGCCCAUCUGGACGCUCACGGCGGUGCCGGGAACAUCGACACUGACGGGCUCAGCUCUUCUGCAUUUGGUACGCACAUGGGCGGUCACAGCCAGGGAAACAACAACUGGAGCCACCUUCUUGGCAACUCGCUUCACUCCGAGAUCAAUACCCAGCAGCUGUUUGCUUCUUCCAUGUCGUAUCGCGCAGAAGACCCAGCCGCGAACUCGUUUUUUCGACCCACGCUGCCGACUAGGCGGUCGUCAUCACAGAUCACCAAAAACCUAGGUGAGGAUGGAAGCAUCUCACUUACAUCCCACAACACAUCAAACUCGAUACGCAAAAACUCAUUGGCAAAACCCUUGUCAUCCACCUCUUUGGCCUCGUACCGCCAGCAGUCUGGGUCGGAGGUACUCAGGAAGCCCCAAGUGGAGUGUUUCAAUUGCAAGACUACAAAGACACCGCUUUGGCGGCGAGAUGCAGAGGGAAAUACCAUGUGUAAUGCAUGUGGUCUAUUUCAGAAGCUUCAUGGGACAAUGCGUCCGCUGUCGCUGAAAAGCGAUGUAAUAAGAAAGCGGAAUACCAAGAAACGAGGUAAAAAACCUGCCGCUACCGAUAUGAAAGAAGGGAAUGAUUUAACUCAGCAAGCGGACCUUAAUAAGUCAAGGUCUUCGACCUUGCCGCCUCUUUCACUGGACGUUCCAGCAUCUGUUCACGACUCGUCGCAAGCGUCCAGCUUUCCUUCGUCUGGAGUUAAAUCGCGUGUAAAUCCAUCGCUUGCCUACAACACGAACGGGAACACAUCAAUGUCUAACCAACAACUGAGCUCUAAAUCUUUGAUGAGCCAUAAUAGUCGAAUGCAGGGCGGAAAUUCUGUGGGCGUUUCAAAAAAGUCAAGGCGGUCAAGCAGUUCCAGUUCCGCAUCAAACUCCAGCAACCGAUCAUCGUCUUCAAGGACGAUGGUGUCUAUCUUACCGAAACCAUCGCCAGGGGCAGCCCAACGCAAUCAAUUUCAAUAUAUGGGUGGAUUUCCUGGCAGUGCUGGCAAUAGCGCUGCUUCCUCACCUCGGGUUUCCAUAUCCCCUCGGCCAUCUUCUGCUCAAAGUCCACUGCCGAACUUUAACGGUCAAGUUAUACCGACCUCUGGAGGAGGCUCUGGUAUAACAGUUCGUCGGAAGCCUUCCCGUCCAAGCUCAUCGUCAUUUAUGGCCACAUCGCUGCAACAGCAUCAAUUCCAGCAACAGCAGCAACAACAGCAACCGCAGCAACCGCAGCAACCGCAGCAACCGCAUCCAUCAUCGGCAUUCGCGCUCCCCACCGUUGGCAGCUCCUCUUCAACGAUUUCCGCAUCUUCUCUCUCCUGGAACACAGGCAACGGCAUUACGUCCUCUCCCAAGCCAUCAAAAUCGCCUCGUUCGCCUUUCGACCUCUUCUCUUCGCAGGAGCCUCAGUCUAGGCCUGCGUCGCGAAAAUCUCACACUUCGCUGCUAUCGCAGCAACUACAACAAGCUAGUCUUCCGCCCCAACACCCACAGUCACCAUUCCAAUUACAGACUCCUUCUGCUAGUCACAACAGCAGUUUCUCGAUUUCUACAACUCCUCAACCCACUUCUAUCAAGCGUUCUUCUGCCACUGCCUCCCCGCGAAACAGCUACAUGGACUCUAUACAGCAACAACGUGGCCUGCAUGUCGAAGCAAGCCUUCGCAAGACCACCUCUUUACGAUCAGAUUCUUACGGCGCCUCCGCUACUACUAAUCAAAGUAACAACACUCCCAAGCAAAAGGAAAGUGCUCUGAACGACCUGGACUGGCUAAAAUUUGGACUUUAA